UCGGUCAGAGGUCAAGUUUACUGAAAAUCCAGAAGGAGGUCAUGUAGGUUUUCAGCCCUGCCGCAGGUGUUUUUUCUCAGGAAGGAGAUCACUCAGGCUUCUCAUACUGAUAGCUGCAUCCCGUCCUCUCUUCCUCACUCCGCUGCAGCAGGUGCCAGAAGCUGCCGAGAUGAAGACGAUCCCUCAGAGACAGAAGGAUGACUACAUUCCUUAUCCGAGGAUCGAGGAGGUGUUGGAGAGGGGGGGGCCGUAUCCUCAGGUGAUCCUGCCUGAGUUUGGAGGUUACUGGAUCGAGGAUCCUGAGGCUCCUCCUCCCUCUGUAGAGGGCAGAGGGCAGGAGGAGGUGGGGGAGGAGGAAGGAGGACAAGAGGAAGGCAUCCCCCCAGGGGAUUAUGGGUACCGGCUGGAUGAGUUCAAUGAGGCUGCGCGGGCGUACAGGAAGCACUUCUUGGGCAGGGAGCAUUUAAACUUCUCGUGCCCGGCCAGCAGCGUGGGAAAUCUGCUGCUGUCUGUGAGACACGAGACGGAGAAGGAGCACGAGUACCUCCACGUUAUCAUCAGAUCUCGGAUGAAAAGCAUCUACCACAGAUUAUCUCUGGCAGAGCUGCCGGACAUCCCCAGCGUACCGGAGCUGGCCAAGUUGCUGUGCGAUGAAGCGGCAGGUUUAAGAUUCAGUCCAAUCCUCUACCCAAAGGCGUCUCAGCUAAUAGUGAACUAUGAUGAGCACGAGGUGAACAACACCUUCAAGUUUGGAGUCAUUUACCAGAGAUUUGGACAGGUAUCUGAGGAAGAGCUGUUCAGGAAUAACGAAGAGACACCAGCGUUCACAGAGUUCCUGCAGCUGCUGGGAGACACGGUCGACCUGCAGGACUUCAAAGGGUUUCGGGGGGGUCUGGACGUGUCUCAUGGUCAGACGGGGUCUCAGUCUGUCUACACGGUCCACCGAGAGCAGGAGAUCAUGUUCCACGUGUCCACCAAACUGCCCUUCACCGAGGGAGACGCCCAGCAGCUGCAGAGGAAACGACACAUAGGAAAUGACAUCGUGGCGGUGGUUUUUCAAGAAGAGGCCACGCCCUUUGUCCCAGACAUGAUUGCCUCUAACUUCCUCCACGCCUUCAUCCUGGUGCAGGUGGAGGAGCUGUGCUCCAAGAACACCUCCUACAAGGUUUCCGUCACAGCACGAGAGGACGUACCGCCGUUUGGCCCGCCCCUCCCAAACCCAGCUGUCUUUAAAAAGGGUCCAGAGUUCAGAGAGUUUCUUCUCACCAAACUCAUUAACGCAGAGCUGGCGUGCUACAAGAGCGACCGCUUCGCCCGACUGGAGGAGCGAACCCGCGCCGCCCUGCUGGACAGCCUCCACGACGAGCUGCAGGCACGCUCCCAGAGCAUGCUGGGAUUAACAUGCAGUCUGGAGGAGGAGGGGCGAGGUGAGAACGGACACGCCCACGGAGGACUGCUGGAGUCCAUCAAAAGGGCGAUGCGAGGGCGGAGCGUCUCCAUGGAGACCAUGUCGAGGGGCGGGGCGGGGCUCCCCACCAGUCUGAGUGGGGGGGGUCUGGCACACCUGAAUGUAGAGUGUAACGUGAAGUCUCCCGUGAAGCGGCGCUCGGGACUUUUUCCUCGCCUGCUGAGCGUCGACAGUCAGACGGAGAAGCACAGCCAGAGGAGCCUCUUCAGCGAGCAGAGGAGCUUCGACGGCUGCCACCCGACGCUGGAGGUGAGGCCGGAGCUGCCGUCCAAUCCCAGCUCUCCAGAGGCGGGGCAGCGGGACAGGAUUCACGUGAAGAAGGAGAGCAGUAAGAUUUCCAGGUCGACAUCCAGCACCUGCAGCUUCAGCAUCCCAGCUGACGACACACACCUGGUGAGACAGGCUGCGAUGGUGGGGGGUCAGAGUUCGGCGCCGCUCAUCGUCUGUCGCAGCCCCACAGAGACGAAAAAUAAAAACUCGCCCAGAUCCAACCUCAAGUUUCGCUUCGACAAGCUGAGCCACUCGGCGGCACAGGGACACUGAGCUGUGAGGACGCCGCUGACAGAGAAACAUCACAGAGGUUCGGAGGAGGAGGGGGAGGAGCUUCAUCUGAUGGACUGUCUCACACACACACACACACUCGUAGUCGUCUUUCUGUCUUUGUGAGGACCCUGAAUGCAGCUCUCUCCUGUUGUUGUUCCUCACCAUCGUCUCAUCUUCUGUAAAAACCAUAAAAUCAUUUUGAAGAACACGUUUUCUGUUAUUAUGAGCAUGAAUCCAUUCUCUCUCUCGUGUGUGUGUGACACUGAACACUUAAUUUCAUUUUUAGUCGCUUUACAGCAAAAUCCUGAACAGAACUUUCAUUGUUUGAUUCCUGUGAUUCAUUUAAUGUAAUAAAUGAAAGAGGAGGCUCACUCCUUCACUGUGUGAGCAGCAGGGGAGGAAACAGGAAAGAGCUUUCCUGAGCAGGAGGGUGUCCGUUUUCCCAUCCAGCUGUCUGCUAUGGGUCCGUGGAGCAGCAGUGAAUGCUCAGCUCUCUCUUCAGCCACCUCCUCCAGCUCUUCUAGGAGGACACCGAGGUGUUACCGAGCCAGCUGAGAGACUUUCUCUCUCUGGGUUUUUAUGGGGUCUGCCUCGGGCUCUCCUCUCGGUUGGAAAUGCCUGAAGGACCUCCCACAGGAGGCAUGACCAUGGAAAGCACCCAGAUUUCUGCUAGCAAGGCUCCUCAAACUGAUGCUCAGUCUAGAACUGCUUCCAAGCUUUUCGACCAAACUGAGACUGAUGCCGGCGGCAAAGAGCUGCCACCACAGCUAUCGACAGGGCAACCACAAGAAAUCACCAGUGAUCUGGUCCACAGAUCCUGAUACAGUGUUUUUCCCUGGGACUCACUCCAAACUCCUGCUUUCAACCCUGUUCAAUAACUGGUCCUCAGACCUGGCUUUUCCUCUCACCGGCACUGUGCUGUUCUUAGAGACAUGGUUGGUUCCUCCACAGGUUCCUGGUCCUUGAGGAGAGUUCCUGUGGUGGAAAUGUGGCUUUUAUGAUCAAAAAAUCAUCACUGUGCUGGGUUCUCACCAAAAUGUGUCCACACAAACACACAAAGACAAGAGCGCACACACAGGUUAGCAAGGGAACACCUGCUCAGAGGGAAUCACCUGAGCUCCACCAACCAGGUUCACAUAAAGAUCUGAGGUCACCUCAUGCUGUUUGAGUCAGUUUUCAAUAGUUUGAUUUUGAUUUUGAUUUUUUGUCUGAUUGAGCUCCAUAAUUGUGUUUCAGAUUUGUGUUCUGUGAAUAUCAGAGGCUGCAGCUGGCAGAUGUUUUCACUGUGAUUUUAUUAAACUGUAUUUAUUCAAUUAAAUGUCUGAAAAUAGAGAAAAAGAAUCAACUAACGGGGGAAACAGGUUUGUCCCACUUUAAGAGAGUUUUCUCCUGAUUGGCUGCUCGUCACAAACAGAUCUGUUGGGGGCAGGGGGGUUGUGCCGUAUAAGGGCAUCCUCUCUCUGUGACAUCAUGCAGCUCCAGAAGCAGAAAAACAGUGAUGAACUGCAUGUUUUGAGCUUCAGGCUUACAGGGAUCAUUGAACAUAUGCUGAGCUCAUCAUUAGAACCUUUGUUUGAUAUGAACGCCCACGCUGGAACAGGGGAUCCAUGACAGGAAGCAAUGAGGAAGAGAAGGGUCCAUUUUGACUUUCAGAGCUGGUUCGUCUGUCCAUGUGCUCGACUUUCAAACUCUGUGGUUUUUAAAGUUCAUGCACCUGAUAAAGAAUCGUCCUUUUACUGAGGAACAGAAGAUUAAAGCCACAGUGGUGCAGCGUGUGGAGGUUCCUGCUGCAGAGAUCACUGAACGCCCACCAGGUAAACUCUGUGUCCUUCAGAGGGAUGCAGGUGCUUCCUCCCUCUCCUGAACACAGGCAGAGUUUAACCUUCUGAGAUCAGACAGAAAGCAUCCACCCAACAACUGCAGGGCAGCCCUCAGAGAGAUGGAGUUGCUGGAGGUGUUUGGAUCAGGACUGAUGGACAUUUGCACUAACCUGUCUGUGUUCACGCCCUCCACCAGAAGCACAUCUGAGUUCAAGUUUUCAAAAUAAAAGUUCUGCUUUUCUGGAAAAUGGUGUCACUGUGUGUGUCUGAUAUAAAGUAUUUGUUUCAUUGAUGUGAUCCUGUGUGUGUGUGUGUGUGUGUGUGUGUGUGUGUGUGCGCGCGCGCGCGUGUUCUGUAAAACUGAACAUUUGGAGAAAAACACAAAUUUGAUGUCGGCACAUGAAUGAAGCUUCUUUCCGUCGUGAUUCGAUUUUUCAGCCGAACACUAAAAUCAAUAAACCUGAUUUAUUUUUAGUCUCCGCAUUAAUUUUUUUCUACACAAAUUGAACACAAAAAUAAUCCCAAAGUUUUUCACAUACACUGAAACCAGCUGUGCUACCUGUUACGUUGCAUUCAUGCGCAGUUGGAGAUUCAGAGCCAGAGGUUAAAGUUCAGAGGAGACACCAAAAAGUAUUGAAAUUGUUUCUAUUUUCUUCUUUGUUCUUUUUGGAUUAGUUAAAUAAUUUAUUAUUUUUCUUCUUUGUA